AUUACAAUCCUCUUCGGGAGCUACCGUCUCUUGCCAUCCGGGGAAUGAAGAAACUGGAGGAACUCCAUUGCACGGGAUGCGACUUGGGUCCCAAGCUUCUAGGAGGAAUAUUGAAAUUCAGCAGUAAUAACUUGAAGCUGGUUUUCCUCGAUAAUAAUAAAAUCUCCAACCUGGAACAGGGAGCAAUAACAGGAGCUCUGCAUUUCAAGGAGAAUUCUAUGAUUGGCCUACAUGCCCCGAUCCAAAGUCCAUCUUUCCUUGCACCUGCAAGCAAGGGACUUUGGAUUGCUCCUACGCGAAGACGAACAAAGAGGUCUCAUCUGCGGCAGCACUCUCAGCAUGGCCCUCUGUUCGACGAGAGUAAG